UCUCCUCCUGCCUUGUGUCUGUGAGCUCCCACUUCUUCCAGCCCAGCCUGUUCCUCUCUCUCUCUCACUCUCUCUCUCUGUGUUCUCGUGUCCCUGAAGUCUCACACUCUUCAGCAACAAUGCAAACUACCAAGCAAUCGUACUCCAUGCGCUCCUCCACCAGUAGCAGGCCAGGUGGCAUCUCACUCACCCGCACCUCUGUUCCUGUCUACAGGUCAUCCAGCAUGCACGGUGGCUCUGGAGGACAACGCAUCAGCGUCUCCAGCACCAGCCGCAGCAGCCUGGGCUCCGGGGUGUCCAUGGGCUCCGGGGUCGGGGGCUACUCCAGCAGCGUCCAGGUGAGCGGCAAGAGCGCCGACAUCAUGGGCAACGAGAAGUUCGCCAUGCAGAACCUGAACGACCGCCUGUCCAACUACCUGGAGACGGUGAGGAACCUGGAGCAGGCCAACCUCAAGCUGGAGAUUAAGAUCAAGGAGGCGCUGGAGAAGAGCGGGCCCGACUUCAGAGACUACAGCAAGUACCAGGCCAUCCUGGACGACCUGAGGAGGAAGGUGUUUGAUGCCACCACCGACAAUGCCCGCCUGAUUCUCAACAUCGACAAUGCUCGCCUGGCGGCGGACGACUUCAGAGUGAAAUUCGAGUCUGAGCUGGCCAUCCGCCAAUCUGUGGAGGCCGAUAUCGUGGGUCUGAGGAAGGUCAUCGACGACACCAACAUGAGCCGCAUGAAUCUGGAGAGCGAGAUCGAAGCCCUGAAGGAGGAGCUCAUCCACCUCAAGAAGAACCACGAAAACGAGGUAAUGGAGCUACGUAACCAGAUCGCCCAGUCAGGAGUGCACGUGGACGUUGACGCACCGAAGGGACAGGACCUGUCUCAGAUCAUGUCGGAGAUCAGGGCCAAGUACGAGAAGGUGGCACUGAAGAACCAGGAGGAGCUGAAAGCAUGGCACGAAUCUCAGAUUACAAAAGUUCAGACCGAGGUCAGCCAAAACACAGAGGCCCUGAAGGGAGCCCAGACCGAAGUGAACGACCUGCGCAGACAGAUUCAGACCCUGGAGAUCGAGCUGGAGUCGCAGAGGAGCCUGAAAGCGUCCCUGGAGGGCACGGUGAGGGACACGGAGAUGCGCUACAACAUGGAGAUCGAGUCCCUCAACAGCAUCAUCCUGAGUCUGGAGGCGGAGCUCACGCAGCUGCGCAACAACAUCCAGCAGCAGACGCAAGACUACGAGACGCUGCUCAACAUGAAGUUGAGGCUGGAGGCAGAGAUCGCAACAUACAAGCGGCUGCUGGACGGCGGAGACUUCAAACUCCAGGACGCUCUGGAAGACCAGAAGACGGUGAGGACCAAAGUGAUGACCGUCACGCAGACUGUGGUGGAUGGCAAGGUGGUUUCCUCCAGCACAGAGACCAAGAACCUUUAAGACAGCGGACGCAAACACAACGCAGCGGAACACUAACACGUUUUGAUUAACAGUGGUUUCUCUCCAUCUCUAACUCUAACAGUUGUUAGUUCAACUCCAUGUCAUGCAGCUCACGCACAGGCGGAUUUAAAACAAACUGGAUCAGAGGAAAACAGAGUCAUCUGUUAUUUAUUUCAUCAUUUUUAUUAUUAUUUAUAUGUUUGUUUUUAUUGAUCAGAAAUUCAGAAUUGGAGAGCUGUGAGAUUUGUCCGAGACAAAGCGAUUUUUAAAAAAAAAAGUUAAAAAGUUAAUAAAAGGGUCCAAUUUAAUGCAUUUAAAAACAUUUCUUAUUUUCCAUUUUGUCAUCUUUGGUUUUCUUUUUUUUGUUCCAGUUAAAUCUGCCUGUCGCUCUGUGAUGUUCAGACGGUUCAAUAAAGUCCAUCUGAGAAUUCUC